AUGGAAAAAACAAUUACCAUUAUAUUCUUUGCUCUUUUAGCCUUUGAGUUUUUUAAACCUCAAUAGAAGGAAGAAUAAUGGUAGGAGAGUAAAGAAUAAAUUCUAAAUUCUCAUUCAAGGAAUCAUGUUGAUAAUGGAAAAAUUGAAGUUCUCAUUUAAUAUUGCACAAGUUGAUCUUAUAAAGGAGCAUUUUAAUAAAUACAAUA